UCUUUUCACACCUCCGUGUCAGAGACAGCCAACCAGGACUUGGACUACAAAACACGGUUUCAUUCAAAAACUCACAAAACAGACAAAAACUACCAAACACCACCGGAAACCGUUCCAAGUGCGACUCGGAGGCCGCUGCGUACACCGGGCCGAAGUGGAACUGGGGAGGAAGUGUUUAUUUGAGCUGAAGUGGAUCUCUAGCGUGAAGCGAUAUGGCGACCGCAACCCCGAGCCGCGAGUCGAGUCGCGCGACUGCCGCCCAAACCCCGCUAAGCCCCGCGCGGAUCACGCGCCUGCAGGAGAAAGAGGAGCUGAGCGCGCUCAACGACCGCCUGGCCGUCUACAUCGACCGCGUGCGCUCCCUGGAGCUCGAGAACGACCGGCUGCUCGUCAAAGUCUCCGAGAAGGAGGAAGUCUCGACCAGAGAGGUGUCUGGGAUUAAGACUCUUUAUGAGGCCGAGCUCGCGGACACCAGGCGAGUGCUUGACGAAACGGCGCGGGAACGAGCCAAACUUCAGAUCGAUCUGGGAAAAGCCAACUCUGAUCUCGAGGAGGUCACACGCAACUUUAAGAAGAAGGAUGGAGACCUGGCUCUGGCUCAGUCUCGGCUCAAGGAACUGGAAGCGCAGUACAACAAGAAAGAGGCGGCUCUUAACACGGCCCUCAGCGAGAACAACUCCCUGUCUGCCGAACUCGCCGACCUCAAGACUCAGCUGGCCAAAGCUGAAGACGCUCACGGCGUGGCUAAGAAACAGCUGGAGACGGAGACGCUAGCACGGGUGGAUCUGGAAAACCGCUGCCAGAGUCUGACAGAGGAGCUGGAGUUCAGGAAGAGCAUGUUUGAGGAGGAGGUGCGUGAGACUCGCCGGCAUCGUGAGAAGCGUAUGGUGGAGGUGGACUCGGGCGUACGGCAGGACUACGAGUUCAAGCUAGCGCAGGCGCUGCAGGAUCUGCGCAGACAGCACGAGGAGCAAGUGCAGAUCUACAAGGACGAGCUCCAGCAGACCUUCAGGGCCAAACUGGAUAACGCCAAGGUGUCGUCUGACAUGAACGAUAAGGCAGUGCUCACGGCCCGCGAGGAGCUCCAGGAAGCUCACAUGAGGAUCGAGGGCCUGAGCUAUCAGCUCAGCGCUCUGCAGAAACAGGCGUCUGCCGCUGAGGAGCGCAUCCGCGAGCUAGAGGACAUGCUAUCCAGCGACCGGGACAAGUAUCGCCGACAGCUGGAUGACAAAGAGCGUGAGAUGGCCGAGCUGAGGGAGUGCAUGCAGCAGCAGCUCAACGAGUACCAGGAGCUGCUGGACGUCAAACUGGCCCUGGACAUGGAGAUCAACGCCUACAGGAAGCUGCUGGAGGGCGAGGAGGACAGGCUGAAGUUGUCCCCCAGCCCGUCCUCACGGGUCACAGUGUCCCGCACCACAGCGAGCAGCACUUCUUCGUCUUCACGUGGCUCCCGUGCCAAGAGAAAGCGUGUGGAGCUGGAGGAAGCGUCCACCACUGCUCCUAAAGUCCAGAUCAGUCAGGAGGCCGAAGCGACAGGAAGCGUCAGUAUCGAGGAAAUCGACCUGGAGGGGAAAUCUGUGACCCUCAGGAACAACUCUGACAAGGAUCAAUCUCUGGGCAGCUGGCGACUAAAGAGACAAAUUGGUGAUGGAGAGGAAAUCGCUUAUAAAUUCAGUCCCAAGUUUGUCCUGAAGGCUGGUCAGACAGUAAAUGUGUGGGCCGCUGACGCCGGCGUGUCCCACAGUCCUCCUUCAGACCUGCUGUGGAAGAGCCAGAGCUCUUGGGGCACCGGAGAAGAAAUCCUCACCUUACUGGUCAAUUCAAGCGGAGAGGAAGUGGCGAAGCGAACGGUCAAGAAAAGCGUGAUAGAAAUGGAGAACGGUGAUGAUGAUGAAGAUCUCUUCCAUAAGCAGGGCGAUCCAAAGAUCCAAUCCAGAGAAUGUGCCGUCAUGUGAUGGAGCCGUGCACCUUUAGUGUUUUCCUCCACACAAUUCUAUCUUUUUUUGUAGAGCCACUACUUUUGUAUUUUUCGAAUCAUGAGUUCAUAACACCCUUCCCUCUAUCCUUUAUUUGUACGGACCUCAUUUGUAAAUCCAGUUAAUCUUGAGCUGCGGCAAACUAUGCUGUUUUCAGCCGCAGAUAAUCAAUGAAUAGUCUUUCCAGAUGCCCGCCGUAGGAGUCAAAGCACUUCCCAAAGGCGGCGACAUCCCAGUACAUAGCCUUGGUGAAUACCAUCUGAGAAUGAGUCAAAUGACCUGAAAUCAGAGAGUGUUUAUGCGAGCCGAUGACUAAUGAAUCAGCAUAUUCAUGUCAAUGAAUAAUGUGUUCUCGUCACUGCAGGGUUAUGAAUGGGGGAUUUAUUAUUAUUAUUGUUCUGUAGUGCACUAUAGCGCGUAACUGACAGCUUAGCGUACCUUAUGUUUUUGUGCUUCGCCAACCACAUUAACAGGGUGGAAACGAAACCAGAUUGUUUCGUUGACUUCUAAACUGUUUAAAGUAAUAUUAUCGAUUCAUGCUUUACAUGGUAUUAUGUAUUUUGGAAUCAGUGAUCGAGACAUUUUUGAAACCAACAACCCCCCCCCCCCAUCUAAAUAGUCAAUGGAAGUUAAUGAGUACAGUGUUUCAGAGUUCAUUCAAAUAUUAAAAACACUUUCAGUUUAUUCAAAUAUGAAGGAAAAUUCAGGUUAAAUGUUUAAUUUAAUUGAAUUUACCAUGUGAUUAAUAGUUAUUAAAUUCUGCAUUGAAAUUGGACCAGAAUCAAUACACUUUUACAAAAGCGCAGAUGCUCAUGCAGAUCCACAUAAAAAAUGGACAAUGAAUGAAACCAAUUUGACUUGUAAAAUAUCCCUUUAUUUCUUGCUUUGCUCAAAUUACAACCUACUUGAGACACUCCAAAAAAAACUAAAACCCGUACUUUAUAUGCUGAAUCCAGUGAGUAAUCUGGAUCCAUCCACCCUGUCGAUUUCGGUUGCGUUUAAGUUUUACAAUUUGUUUCUUAGACAAUUAUGCAUGUGACAAAUAUUUUUAUAAGAGUGUUACUGUGAGCUCUAGAGUUAAUGCUUCAACUUUUCACGCAAACUGCGUAAUACAGCAGUUUGGUUUUUAGCUACAAUCAUAUAUUUUUGAUAGUUUUUUCCUAAGGAUUUUUUAAAUCCUAGUGCACAUGGAGACUUUAAAUACAUUUAAAACUUACAUUAACCGUCUUAUAAAUUUGUGAAUAUAUUCAGUGUGGUGUGUACAAAAAAAAAUGACCUGGGAAGCAUUUUAAGAAUUUUUUUUUUUAAAGGAAAUUCAUUGCGUAACUUUUUUAUUUUAAUGGGGUGAUUAUCUACGUUUACUUUUUAGGGUUCUUUCGAAGGUUCUUUGAACCAAUUGUUUGAUAGCAUAUCAAGGGUAAAUUGGGGCACACAGAUUUGUUAAAUUCAAGAGAAAUUGAGUUCAAGUAAAGUUGUAUUUGUGUACAUUUGUUACUUGGCCUCUGAGCUAAUAAAAUCUACCUUUUUGUUAAGUUUACUUCAUAUGACGUGAAAUCAAACACAUGCACAUCUUUGAAUUUUAAAUGUAGCUUCUUUUACUUACGAACACUGUUUUCAUGAGGAAAGUCAUUUCCUUGUUCUUUCAGGUUUUAUUAGACGGGGCUGUGACUAAUGUAACGGAUACAAUGUGCUUUGGUAUAUUUAAUACGAAAUUGUCAAUCUGUGAUUGUAGUAAUCUACUGUAAAGUAAAAGCUGGUAUUUGAACUACCAUCAAAAGAUGAUGGCAUAAAAAAAUGAGCCAUAAAUUGUGAACUAUGAAUCCAAUUUGUUAUGGGAUAAAUUGUACGAAAGCCUACAAGAGGAGGGCGCCUAUCAAAAGCGUCUCAUUAAUCUAUUUUACUUUGAUUUGUCUUUUGUAUGCAAUAUCCAAUAAAUCUUUUACAUAUUAA